AUUGUUGGACAUGCAUUAAACCGAAGUUGGUUAAAAUGAAGUUAACUACGACGUUAUUGCUGCUAGUGACUGGCAGUUGUUGCCUCCUCCAAGGUUGUACAGCUGGUGUGAUCGCCGUACCAGAGGUCGUAAUCGAUGGGCUUAAGAUCGGUGAGGAACAAGCACCCGAAGUGAUUAUUCCAAAUAACGUCGCACCUUCCGCAGAUGAAGAGAAACCCGAGGAGUCUGUUUUCGAACGCAAUUUAUACGUUGAGCCAAUCAGUGGAGCUGAAGAUGAUUACGUAGAACCCGAAGAUGAGCUGUUGCCGCCUGCGCCCGUUGUGGAUGAUAAGCCGAAGGGUCGUGCCACCGCCUGCAAAGUCACCAUACGCGGUGGUCUACCCACACCUCAGCCCGUCUACCUGAAGUCCGACAGCGCGGAAUUCUAUCCAUACGACUCCACCGGUGUUAUGGUUGUUGAGUCGGGUGAAAAAUUGGAUUUGUGGUGUCCCGGUAAGUUCACUUCACUCGAUAAGACACUCGUGAGCGCGUCCUGUGUAAGUGGCACCAACUUCAAGGUGGAUGGCACAACAUACACAUUAAAGGAAUUAACUUGCAAAUCUUGGCCCUCUUUCGUUGCCGAAAAGACUGGCUCAAGCUGCAACGGUGGCGUAGAGGUACGUGUUGGCUUCAAAGUCAGUUCCAGUCGUUUCGUUGAACAAUACAAGGUUUGCUUUGAUGAGGACGAGGAGGUAACCCGUUAUGUACAUCACGAUUUGAAUCCCGGCAGUAAUUACUAUCAAACUGGCGUGGAUCGUCUUACCUUCCAAACUGGCGGUUUCUUUGACGGCAAGAACGUCGACAAACUGUACACACAAGCUACGCAGCUGACAACGAUUAAUGAGCAGUUGGGCGGUGAUGCGAGCAAAUAUUUUGACUCCAGCAAGAAUGUCUAUCUCGCACGUGGUCACUUAGCCGCCAAGGCUGAUUUUGAUUAUGGCACCGAGCAGCGCGCGACUUUCCUAUUCAUUAACGCUGCACCGCAAUGGCAGGUCUUCAACGCUGGCAAUUGGGCGCGCAUUGAGGAUGGUGUGCGCGCGAAGGUUAGCAAAGCGCAAUGGUAUGUAGACUGCUGGACGGGUGUGUACGGUGUGACUACGUUGGCCAAUGCGAAUGGCGUGCAGACACCCUUGUAUUUGGCUUAUGAUAGCAAUAAUAAUGGUCUGAUUCCUGUACCUAAAUUGUAUUUCCGCGUUGUGAUUGAGCGCACCACAAAGAAGGGUAUUGUCUUUAUUGGCGUCAACAAUCCGCAUUUGACUUUGGCGGAGAUCAAGAAGGACUACAUUCUCUGCACUGAUGUGGCUGAUAAAGUUGACUAUGUCAACUGGAAGCCCACCGACAUCACUGCCGGCUACUCGUAUGCCUGUGAGGUCGAUGAUUUCAAGAAAAAAGUGAGUCAUCUGCCUGAUUUGCCAAGUGUUACUGGUUUGUUGGUCUAAAACUUUUAAUAAACGAUUUUGAUUUCACGAAAGGUAAA